CAAAAGUAGUUCUAACUUUGCUUUAAAAUUCUCGUAUGACGAACUGCGUGACUUUAGUUGUACUGACUGAUUGCAUCUACUUAACAUCUAGUCAGUAUUCUACAGUGGUCCCUUGGAAAAUUUCUUUAAACAUACUUGUUGAAAUUUUUAAUGCACGAACAUUAAUUCAAUUGCAAUAGGCAGAAAUUCUGUUAAUUCAAGUAAACAUGAAAGUGAUACUUUUGAUUUUAUUCUAUAUUCUGAACAUCUUAGUCCAGAUAAAUGGUCAACAAGGAAUAUGGCCUGAUAUCGUAAAAGACAAAGAACCCAGGUGUACAAUGUACGGGAGAUGCAAAGAACUGCCGGAUGGACGAGUUUUAACAUGUUACACCGAAGAUCCUCCUCAAAAAAUUGACGACUCAGCUCUAAAGAAUCUCACUGCUUUUUGUUCAGAAAUGCUUGAAAUGUACGCAGGUCUUGGAAUGACGGAUUUGUGCUGCAGAGCUGAUCAAAUUGCAGACUUGACAGAACAAUUAAAAAUGCCAGAAGGUAUCAUUUCUCGCUGUCCGUCUUGCUGGCACAACUUUCGUCAAUCGCUUUGUGAAUUCACGUGCUCGCCAUUUCAGGCUCAUUUUGUUAAAGUAGCAAAAUUUUGGAAUGGAACUGUUGAUAAUAAACUAGUUGUCGAAGACACAAAUUUCUACGUGACAGAAAGACAUGCUAAUGCGUCGUUCGACAGUUGUCGCAACGUCAUGAUGGGUACUGCAAAUUCUCUGGCUAUGGACUUUCUCUGUGGCCCAUGGGGAUCUCACAGAUGUACACCUCAGCGGUGGUACGAUUACAUGGGUUCAGUUCGAAACACAUACGCUCCCUUCAACAUAUUCUACAGACUCACAAAUGACACUUUUGACGGCUCACCAACAACUUCAGAACCCAAUACCAAAACCUCAAAAGCCGGAGAACCUUUGGAUGAUCUAGGAAUCACACCUUACGAUGGCGACACUUAUCUUUGUAACACGUCCCCACCAAAAUCGACUAAAAAUUGUUCCUGCGUGGAUUGUACUAUAAGUUGUCCUGCGGGUGCUGGAAUAAUAACUCUCCCCCAAAAGAAAAGCAUUGAUGAUUGGGAGAUUGCCUCCAUUUUUGGAAUGUACUUUAUUAUGGGAAUCGUGUUCUUGGUGGGGUCAAUUCUAAUAAUCCUAGGAGCAUGUUUUGCCUUAUAUAGAGAGAGGCGUGAACAACCCUCAAGACUAGCCGAAAAGGCUCCAGGAACAUUGCAUAGAUGGGGAAUGAGGUCAGAGAAAAUGAUAAAUCGGUUCUUCUCUUCACUUGGACAAGUGUGUGCUGAAAAUCCUUGGCCAGUGCUAAUCCCAGGAAUUCUAAUAACAGGAGCAUUAUCCUGUGGGAUUGUGUACUUAGACAUCACUACAGAUCCGGUGGAAUUGUGGGCAUCACCCAAUUCACGCUCACGCCAGGAGAAGGAAUAUUAUGACAAAAAUUUCUCUCCGUUCUAUAGAACUGAACAAAUUAUUGCCACUGCGAAAGGGCUUCCUUCAAUUAUGUACUACCCCUCAAACAACACAAGAGAAGAACCAGAGCACUUUGGGCCCAUUUUUAACAAGGAAUUUAUGUAUGCAUUGCUAGAUCUACAAGAACGGAUUGUUAAUGAUGUUCGUGGAGAAAAUGGCGAACAGCUAAGUGAUGUCUGUUUCAGCCCGCUUUCCCCAGAGAAUACCAACUGCACAAUUUUCAGCUAUCUUGAAUUUUGGCACAGUAACCCCAAGAAUUUCGAAAAAGUCGCGUCCUACGAUGCCAUUAUUGGUGAGGAGGUGGUGACCCUCACCGAUUCCUACCUAGACCAUUUCCUCUUCUGCUCCAGAAAUCCAGGCGCUCCGAAAGAUUCGACAGAGUUGAGACAGACUUGUAUGGGGAGAUAUGGAGGAAUUAUUGAUCCCACAGUCGUGCUCGGAGGAUUUUUAGAAGAUGGUCAGAACUUGAUUGAUCCGCCAUAUCAAAAUGCUACCACGGCCGUGAUUACUUUCAUAGUGAACAACAAGUACAGUAAGGACGACACUCGUCCUGCAAGAGAAUGGGAAAAAGCCUAUGUCGAAUUUAUGAAAAAGUAUCUCGAGAUUGAAAAACCUUCGUUUAUGGACAUUGCAUUCAGCUCAGAGAGAAGUAUUGAAGACGAACUGGAGCGUCAAAGUUCUGGGGAAGUAGUUACCGUCGUGGUUUCAUAUUUGAUUAUGUUUGUCUACAUUUCCAUCGCUUUGGGAGAAGUCAAUAGUUUAUCUAGGCUUUUGAUUGACAGUAAGAUUUCUGCUGGGAUCGUUGGCGUUAUAAUCGUUCUUGGGUCCGUGGGUGCAUCCGUUGGUUUAUUUGGAUUCGCCGGAGUCAGCGCUACACUGAUCAUCAUUGAAGUCAUUCCCUUCUUGGUGUUGGCUGUUGGGGUGGACAAUAUUUUUAUUAUGGUUCAAACCUAUCAAAGGACUCCACGCCUCAAAGGGGAAACUCAAUCAGAACACAUUGGACGAGUAAUUGGCGACGUGGCGCCAUCAAUGUUGCUAAAUUCUUUUACCGACUCUGCUUCGUUUUUCUUGGGAGGCUUAUCGGGAAUGCCGGCUGUCAAGGCGUUUGCAUUUUACGCAGCAGUUGCGCUUUUGAUCAACUUUACUCUACAGUUUACAUGUUUUGUUGCAUUUCUGUCCUUGGACAUUUCGAGACAAGAAAGUAACAGAUAUGACAUCAUAUGCUGUGUUAAAGGAAAAGAUGAAGAUAAAUCACAAGUCAAGGAGAAAGGAAUUUUACACAAGUUCAUCGAGUCCAUCUACGCUCCAUUCUUGUUCACAUUUCCAGUGAGACUGACAGUUCUUCUCGUUUUCUUUGCCUGGAUGUGCACUUCGAUAGCAGUUGCACCGAAGCUUGAAGUCGGGCUGGAACAAGACCUUUCUGUCCCCGAAGAUUCUCAUGUGCUGGACUAUUUUCAUGCAAUGUACGAGUAUUUGUCAGUAGGUCCGCCGGUGUACUUUGUGGUUAGAGAUUCGGGAUUAGACUAUUCGGACCAAAAGGUUCAAAACCAACUUCGAGCCGGUGACUUCCCUUGGAGUUUAGUAUCACAAAUUUAUGCCGCAAGUCGAUUGUCGAAUAGGACAUAUAUUGCAAAAUCAUCCCAGUCCUGGUUGGAUGACUACGUUGAUUGGAGUUCUGUUGCAGAUUGUUGUAAAUAUGACAAUUACACGUCAUAUUUCUGUCCCAGUCAGAGAGUUGACCCAAACUGUAUUACAUGUGGCAUAUCAGACAUUGUUCAGGAUGAUCCAAUCAGUGGAGAACUCUUCAAUCAGUAUUUGACAUGGUUUUUGAUGGACAAUCCACAUGAAAAAUGCGCUAAAGGUGGCCACGCAGCAUAUUCCUUGGGUGUUGGCUAUGACAUUAAUUCAACAAAUGGCUUAGCUCGAGUUAAAACAAGCAACUUUAUGACUUACCACACAAUUUUACGAACCUCAAAAGAUUUUACAGAAGCGAUGAGGGAAGCUCGAGCUCUUGCAGACAAUAUGACAGCAACGUUGAGAAGAGAGCUGGGUUCGGACAAACAUGAGGUUUUCCCGUACUCGAUAUUUUAUGUGUACUACGAACAAUACCUCACAAUCUGGAGGGACACCAUUGUUUCGCUGUCAAUAAGUUUUGCGACUAUUUUUGUCAUUUCUUUUUUCCUCAUGGGAUUCAACAUUGGAUCCGCACUGGUCAUAAUAUUGACAAUCUUCAUGAUUGUUAUCAAUCUGAUUGGAAUGCUUUACUUUUGGAGUGUUUCAUUAAACGCAAUCACUUUGGUAAACUUGGUCAUGGCCGUCGGAAUUGCUACCGAAUUCUGUACCCACUUAAUCCAUCACUUUGUAAUGUCGCAAGAGUUGGCAAAAAAGGAAAGGGCACGGGAUAGCUUAGUCAACAUUGGAGUGGCGGUGCUUUCCGGCAUUACUCUAACCAAAUUCGGAGGCAUAAUUGUGCUUGGAUUUGCCAAAUCUCAGAUCUUCAGAGUAUUUUAUUUUAGAAUGUACUUAUCCAUCGUAUGCAUUGGAGCAUUGCAUGGUCUAGUGUUUCUCCCAGUCCUGCUGUCCUUCGUUGGACCACCUUCUCGAAGAAUUACGAUAAAGAAGGAUAAUAGCACUGAAGAAUUGUGUAAAUAAGAUUUAAAGAAAUUAUAUUUUCAUUAUGACCAAUGCAUAUUUUUUACAAAUAAUUAAAUGUAAUUCAUUGACUCGAUAAAUAAAUAUUAAGCAAAGUUGGCAGUGUUAGCCCAAAUCUAAGUAUGUACAACAA